CUAAGCAAAAGUAAAACUAAACUCAACAGCUGCUGUUCUCUCAGUUUUUCUUUUGACCAAGACCUCUAUAAAUUUCAUUUACAGUCUGUGAUUUAUUAUUGUUUUGUACUUAUUUGAAGCAUUUUUCUUGUGAUCUGUCUGGAGUAUAGUUAAGUAAAAAUGUCGGAGGGACCUUCAGCACCUACACAGAUACCAGCGAUCAGCUCCAGUCCAGAUGAUUCAGUGAUCCGGAUUCUUCUGAUGGGAAGAAACGGUUCCGGGAAAAGCUCAUCUGGAAACACUAUACUGGGAGAAAAGAGGUUUAACAUCCAAAAACAUAAGAGUAAACAUCAGUCUGAAGUUUGUGAGGGUCAAACUCAGAUUGGUGGGAAGCAGGUGGCUGUGAUUGAGUGUCCAGAUCUACUGGAUCCAGAUCUGAAUGAAGAGCAGCUGGAGAAGAUGAAAGAGCAGCUGGUCUCUCGAUGUUCAGCAGGUCUCAGUGCAGUUCUGCUCACCGUUCCUCUAGAGGAACCUGUUGAAAAUGAAGAAGAGAUCUUGGAUUAUAUGAAGUGUUUAUUUGGUCCUGAAGUUCAGAAAUACAUCAUGAUUCUGUUCACACAUGAAGAUGAUCUGGAGGAUCUGGAUCAGACCAUUGAGGAAUAUCUGAAACAGAAAGAUCAUGCGGAUCUCCAGCAUCUGGUGACAGAAUGUGAGGGAAAAUUUCACUCUUUCAAUAACAAAAGUAAAUCAGAUUGUCAGAAGCAAGAACUACUGCACAAGAUUGAAGAAAUGAUGGUGAAGAAUGGAAGGAGAUUUAUCAUGAAACAAAUGAGGAGGAGAUCAAGCAUGGAUGUUCCUGGUGUCACGUUUUCAGGAGAGUCUCCAGCUGAAGAUCCAGACGAGACUGAUGUAAUUCCUGACAGUAAAGACCAGAUCAGACUGGUUCUGCUGGGAAAAACUGGAGCUGGGAAAAGUGCCACUGGAAACACCAUCAUCGGCAGAAACGUGUUCCAAACUUCAGCCAGUUCAAAGUCUGAAACUAAACAGUGUCAGUCAGAAACUAGAGUGAGGUUUGGUAAAGAAAUAGCAGUGAUUGACACACCUGGACUUUAUGAUACUAAACUCAGUGAAGAUGAGAUUAAAACAAAGAUAGGGGAAUGCAUAACAUUCACUUCUCCUGGACCACACGCUUUUAUUAUUGUGAUUAAAGUGGGUCGAUUCACUGAGGAGGAGAAAAAUACAGUAAAGAAACUUAAAGAAGUGUUCGGAGAACAGAUGGUAAAAUAUUCCAUGAUCCUCUUCACUCAAGAAAAACAGCUAAAGAAGAAAAAUCUAACAAUUGAGCAAUAUCUAGAAGAAGGUGAACCAGCUCUUAAAGAACUUGUAGAGAGUUGUGGGAACAGAUACUUCUGUCUGGACAAUGAGUUUCCCAGUUUCCCACAGUUCAAAGAUCUGAUCAGGAACAUAGAGACGAUGAUGGCAGAGAAUGGACACUUUUCAAAUAAGAUGUUUGAGGAAGCGGAGAAAUGCAUUCAGGAGAUUCAGAAGCAGAAACUCAAUGAGAAAGAAAAGCGGUUCAAACAGAAGCACAAACGAGUCAAACAAUCAGAAUGGCAGAAAAUGUACUGGCGUUUAGCAGAGGAGUCACGACGUGAGGCUAAGAAAACUUUUUCUGACUCGUUCAUGGCAGAACUUCUAAUGCAUCCUCAUGUAAAAGGAUCAGAUAUACGUGAAGCACUGGAGCAGGUGGUGACCCUUGAAGAGAAAGAGAGCACCAUAAAGGAGGCUCAGCUCGAAGGAUUCAGACAUGCAGUGGCCGUUCAACUCGCAAUCACUGCCACACGGAAACUAGUAAAACAGAAAAUGUGUUCAGUUCAGUGAAAAAGACAAAAGACAUGUUUGGCCUAAACAAUCUUUGUGUCCACAUCUAUAACAUUUCCUAUCCACUGUUUUAUCUUUUUCUCUGCAGGUCACAAACAUAUGAAAAUCACCUGUGAAACGUGUGGUUUUGGAACAUUUUUCAUGUGAAUCCCAUGUGAAUUCCCAUAUGAAACUCAUGAGAUCACAUGUGAAACGCCUGUAAAUUCCCAUGGGAUAAUAUGUGAAUGCCAUGUGAAAUGUAUAUUAUAAACCUGCUUGUGUUGCAAUCCUGUGAUUGUGAAAUGACUAAUAACUCUGCAUCUGGUCAAUAUUUUACUCGUACACCAUAUACAACUCAAUAAAUAUGUAAUCCUGUUUAAGACCUCAGUUGUAUAGUAAAAUUCCACUCCAAGUUUUAUUGAGCAAUCCUUACACUAUUCAUAUUAUGAAGAACUUAAAAUGAUACAGUCUAAUUAAGCAUUUGUAUAAAUUGUAAAGAGAUGAAAAAUGAAAAUUCUGUCAUUAAUUACUCACCCUCAUGUUGUUCCAAACUCAGAAAUUUGAAAUUCAAGAGCUUUCUGACCUGCUUAGACAGUAGUGCAACUGAAACUGAACUGAGCUGGAUGACGACAUCACUGAAUCAGUGAUGAAUUUGUAACACUGUCACACAGGACUCAUGUUUUAACCUUCUCAAUAUAUUGUAAUGAUUUUAUGUAUAUUUGUGUUUUAAUAGGUUUUCAUGUUGUCUUAGCCAUUGUAUUCCUCUUAAACAUUUUAAUGUGUAUGUCUUGAAGACACUCUGGGUCUGCCUGUCAUGUGACUCAUCACAUGACAGGAAACAGGAACUGAACCUAUAAAGGAGGCAGCAUGGCAAACAAUCAGGGUCAUUGACCAAACAAUACACACUGGAUUGAGGAGUUUUAAGGAUUUACCAUUCCAGCAUCACCCGUGUCUUGGAUUAUCACUUUUGUUGGACUGUAUAGUCAAGUCAAGUCAAGUCACCUUUAUUUAUAUACCGCCUUUAACAAUACAGAAUUGUGACAAGGCGGCUGUACAGUAUUAAAUAGGAAACAGUACAUCAACAAUGCCAAAGGCAACAUUAAACACUCACAUUAUAGGUAAAGGUAGUUAAUCAAAAACAAUAAAAUAAAAUGCAAUAUUGUGUUAAGAGAAAGUGUCCCCAACUAAGCAAGCCAGAGGCGACAGCGGCAAGGAACCAAAACUCCAUCGGUGACAAAUGGAGAAAAAA